ACCUGGUCAAUGGGAGUCAUCUCUGGCGCUUCGGUAUAUCUGAAUAUUCGCGUACAAACUGGCUAAACCUCAAGAGAACCUAUGGUUUUCCCGAAGAACAGUGUGGAAUGACAUAAUAAUAAAAAUAUUAAUUGUAGUUGUACAAAGCAAUCAGUGGAAAAUUAUAUAUUUUAAGACUUCCUGGAAGUGAGAUUCCGUUAGCGGUACUUGUGAUACCAACCCAUUUUGUUUUAUUGCAUGUUUUGUUGUGCUUCAUCUUGUGUUACUUCUCCAGUACCUAAUUAUAUGAUUGUUUCAGUCACGAUGUUCAAAGUAUUUGUGUUUUGGAGUUGUUGUCUCUUCCAAUUGAUAUUAUGCCAAUAUAUAAUCUCUGGAGUUUCUAGCGAUUCAAGAAACAAACCAUUAUAUGCUCGUAUGAAAAGUUCUGUUUAUACACCGUCAACAACAGUUUUAUUGAGAAGUACAACAGAAAGACCAAAACCUGUUGUGAAUCAAGAGAAGUGUCCUGGAAAUCAGCUUUAUUAUCCAGGAGAGCCAUGGUACUGCGACUGUGGGCCAAAGUACAUAUACUAUAAACCAACAGAUCAGUGUUAUAGGGCAUAUAUGAAAGGGCCUUGCUCUGAAGGACAGCAUCUUAUAGUGAAAAACAGAAAUGUACAGUGUGUUAGAAAUCCAUGUUCAGAAAGCUACGUUAGGUAUAAUGGAAAAUGCUUUGAAUUAGAAAAAUCUGAUGGACCCUGUGAACCAAUCAAUGGUACUGCCGCUAUUUUAAAAAUAAAUCCUGAUACCUUGAUAGUGGAAUGCACACAAGCGGACGCCAGAGUCCUAACACUGUUCCAAAUCCCUGAUAGAUGUCGACCAGGCAGCAAAAGAGAUGCAAAUAAUAUUUGUAGAGAAAAUUGGAAUGUUGAUUCAUCAUAAUUUAUUACCUCCAUAUGGCAUACAUGUAGAUUAAGUUUGUUUCAUCAAUAAAAUAUUUUUAUAUAACAGUAAA